ACAUAAAAAGAUAUUCAAUCCGAUAUAACCUGUUGUCGAAAGCCGAAAAAUAUGCCACAUAAGCUGCUGGGACAACUGGCACUCGGCUGCGUUUAAUUAACAAUUAAUUAAAUUUUAAUUUUCACUGCGCCAUGCCGAUGACAGUGCUGAAUAUAAUGUUAAUGCGACAGAUGGACCAGUAUAUGUCGGAGAAAUCCCUGCCAUUUGCCGUGGUAAUUCUUCAUUAAUCGGACACAGAGCGAAAUUGCUGGAAAAGUGAGGCAGAGCCGCCAAACCUAAUUGCAAGUUAUGAAUAUCUCAUCGAAAAUUAAAUCGAUGGCUAUCGUUUAACUCCGACAAGCCACGACCAAUGUCCCUGUCCAUUUCCAUGAUGAGGGCGAUGAAUGGCCAUGAUUGUGCGCACACAUAUACGUAUAUUUUUGUGUAUCGAUGGCUGCCGUUUGUCCCGGCGGAAGUGGCGACACUUAAUUGCGUAUUGAGUACAUUUUCAAUUUUUACUGAGCGCCGAGCGCGUUGAACUGAAUCCAUCCGAGAAUUGUGCUGUGGUGUGGCCUGGUCAUUAAAUCUGCGGCCGGCGCUGCUGCGAAGUAGGCUACGAAAUCGCAAAUUGUCGGCAUACCGCAUGAAUCCGGACUCUCGGCGCGGCGGGGCGUUUACGUAAUUCAGAAACUCAUUAACCGUAUCUAGAAUACGAUAACCACACAAUAAUCGAUGCUGAAACAUGUCAUCUCUUUAUCAUAUCAAAGCACAUGCAAAAAUAUUCAACGACACCCGAACCUUGAGUUCAGUCUUGAGAUGUGAUCGCAGCGUAACGGGUGCCUCAAAAUGGAUACUACUUUAAGAUGGUUAGCCAUCAUAUUAUUGACCUAUUUUAUGGGUCAGUGUACUUUAUCUGUGGAAUUCAAAGAGUGUGUCAGUGCCCCAAAAAUAGGCGCCUACCUAGCCAGCGCCAAUAAUUGUUCCAAAUACAUAUACUGUGCCGGACCUGGCUCCUUCGAGGCCGAGUGCCUGGCUGGUCACUUUUAUGAUGAGCAGCUGGAACGUUGUGUGGAUCAGCAACUUGUUAAAAGAUGUCAGUCCAAGGAGCCGGGUAUAAAAAUUUUCACAACUACAACCAAAUCCCCAGUGUCGAAACCCACCUCGGCUGUGAAAACAACCCAGCCUUUGGCGAUAACCCUGAGAAACCUUUCGAAUGCCGGACCCUGCUAUCCGUAUAUGGUUUGUUAUGAAGGAGCUGGUAUUCCGAGAGCCUGCACUCCUGCCCAGCUGGUGUCCUGCAACCGAAGACAAUCGCCAGAUAUAAUCACCAACUGUACAACCGGAGUGUAUGGAUUCAUGCCUCAUCCUCGAAACUGCGCUUAUUUCUACUUCUGCUCCAAUGGCUACAAGCUUAUCCACCGAUGCCCUUUCAAUUAUACCUGGAAUAAUGAGCGUAGAUCGUGUGUCCAGGAAUUUCAGAAGAAGUGCUAUAGCCAAGGGCUUAGGCUACAAAAAAAGUUGGCUACGAAAUCGAAUACAAAAUAGGAAUAGAUUUUUUUCAAUCAAAAUGUCAAUUAUUUUUAUAAACUGCUUUUCUAGAAGCAAAAUGAUUAAAUAUUAUAUUUCCCCACGAUGA